AUGUGCUUUAGGUCAGAAUAUGAAACGUGAGUCUGGAAGAAAAGUCCAGACUGGGAACAUCACUGCUGCUAAGACUAUUGCUGACAUCAUCCGAACAUGUUUGGGGCCAAGAGCUAUGAUGAAGAUGCUUUUGGACCCUAUGGGCGGGAUUGUGAUGACCAACGAUGGCAAUGCUAUCCUUAGAGAGAUUCAGGUCCAGCACCCAGCUGCAAAGUCCAUGAUUGAGAUCAGUCGCACUCAGGAUGAAGAAGUUGGAGACGGGACCACGUCUGUAAUUAUCCUUGCUGGAGAGAUGCUCUCCGUUGCCGAACACUUCCUCGAACAGCAGAUGCACCCGACUGUGAUCAUCGGAGCUUAUCGGAAGGCCCUGGAUGACAUGAUCAGUAUUCUAAAAAAAAUUGGCACUCCAGUGGAUGUGAACAACAGAGAGAUGAUGCUUAAAAUAAUCAAGAGCGCUAUAAACACCAAGGCAAUAAACCGUUGGUCUGACCUGGCCUGCAGCAUCGCUCUCGACGCCGUCAAGACUGUGGAGUUUGAGGAAAACGGCAGGAGGGAAAUCGAUAUCAAGAAAUACGCUAAAGUAGAAAAGAUUCCCGGUGGUUUUAGUGAAGACUCGUGUGUUUUGCGUGGCAUCAUGGUGAAUAAAGACGUAACUCAUCCCCGGAUGCGGCGCCUUAUCAAGAAUCCCCGCAUCGUCCUUCUGGAUUGCUCGCUAGAGUACAAGAAAGGAGAGAGUCAGACCGAUAUUGAAAUCACCCGGGAGGAAGACUUCGCCCGCAUCCUGCAGAUGGAGGAGGAGUAUAUCCAGCAGAUCUGCGAGGAUCUGAUCCGCGUCAAGCCGGACCUGGUCAUCACAGAGAAAGGCAUCUCCGACUUGGCGCAGCACUACCUGAUGAAGGCCAACGUCACGGCGAUCCGCAGGGUGAGGAAGACGGACAACAACAGGAUCGCCAGGGCCUGCGGCGCUCGCAUCGUGAGCCGCACGGACGAGCUGCGCGAGGAGGACGUGGGCACCGGAGCCAGGCUCUUCGAAGUGAAGAAAAUCGGAGAUGAGUAUUUCGCCUUCAUCACGGACUGCAAAGACCCCAAGGCCUGCACCAUCAUCCUGCGCGGAGCCAGCAAGGAGAUCCUCGCAGAGGUGGAGCGGAACCUGCAGGACGCCAUGCAGGUCUGUCGCAACGUCCUCAUCGACCCGCAGCUGGUGCCCGGCGGGGGCGCCACCGAGAUGGCCGUUGCGCACGCGCUGACCGAGAAGUCCAAGGGCAUGACGGGCGUGGAGCAGUGGCCCUACCGGGCGGUAGCCCAGGCCUUGGAAGUCAUUCCCAGAACCCUGAUCCAGAACUGCGGAGCUAGCACCAUCCGCGUGCUCACCUCGCUCCGGGUGGCCUACAGCAUUUUAACUGAAGCUUUGUGGCAAAACAUGGAAACAGGAAGGGGGAAUGAAGUAGCUUGA